AUGACACUCCAAGUGACUCUAUGGAAUGAGCAUGCGGUAACUGUAAGGGACUAUAUGGGUAAGAAUACUGGCCGUGUUAUUUUUGCUCUGAGAUUUAGGAUAAUCAAAGAAUUUAAUGGAAAGUGGUAUGUACAAAAUGCCAAAUUUGGAGGCAAAGUUUUUCUUGAUCUUGACAUUGAUGAGUUCAACUCUUACCGACAGAGGUUUAAGAUAAAUGUUUGGGUUAUCGAUUCAACCGGCUGUGCCACAUUUAUAUUAUGGGAUAAGGAUGUGAAGCACUUGAUUAAUAGGACAACACUUGAAUUGAGGAGAAAACAAGCUGAUAUGCAGAAAGAGAGUUCAAAUAAUGAAGAUCUUUAUGAUUACCCUAUAGAAAUUGAUGCAAUGCUUAAUAAACAGUGCCUGUUCAAACUUGACAUAUCACCAAACUAUAAUCCAAACAUGUCGGCUGAUAUAAAGGUUGCAAAGAUGACUGAUGACCCGGACAUAAUCACUGAGUUCAUGGCCAUUUAUAAACAAGACAUAGAAAUGAAUGUUGCAUCGCAAUCGGGAGAUAAUGACCAUAUAAAUGAAGAUCAGGUCACUACUGUAAGUAGUCCUGUUGACAAGCAAAAGGUCAGAAAUCAAGAAUCUUCUCCUCGACAGUGCAAUCCGCAAAUACCUGAAAAAGGAAGAUAA